AUGAUCGAGGAUCUUGCGCAGCACUGCGCGCAGGCCACGGAUCUCGUUCCGGCACUCAUGACAACGGAGACUAUUGCAAAUCCGGAGUACGAUCCGGCCAAAGCGUCCCGUCAAGCGUCCGAGGAGAAGAAGGAUGUCGCCAAAACGGACAUCAGCCCUGAAAAAACGGAGUGGUUUCCUUCUGGCCAGUUGACGGUUCCUCUUGCGACUACGAUGACCCGAACCUCAGCCGUGAUCUCUUCUGUGUUACUUUUUGCCCUCGUCGCUAGAGGCGCUCCGACAGUCCAGCUCGGCCAAACAGCCGUGGUCGGGCGCAGCAUCCCGACGUUCAGCCAGGAGUUCUUCGCAGGCAUUCCUUACGCUGAGCCACCGCUCGGCGAUCUCCGCUUCCGUCCUCCAGUUUUGAAGACGUCGCUGAACGCAACGACACUCGAUGCCGCCCAGUACGGGCCGUCAUGCAUCCAGCCCCUCGGCGGAAGUACACCUGGCGGUCUGCCCACCAGUUUUGCGCUGUCCGAGGACUGUCUGACGGUCAACAUUCUUCGUCCUGCCGGUGUCGAUUCAACCUCAAAACUCCCUGUGAUGUUCUGGACAUACGGAGGUGGAUUCCUCAGUGGAAGCUCCGUGGUCUACAAUGGCAGCACGAUUGUUGAGCAAAGCGUGGCCCGAGGAACUCCCGUAGUCUUCGUCAGCUUCAACUAUCGCCUCGGCCCACUCGGCUUCCCCCAAGGCCAGGAGGCGAUGGAUCAAGGAGCACUCAACCUCGGGAUCAAAGACCAAAUCGCUGCGCUAGAGUGGGUCCAACGAAACAUCGGCAAGUUCGGUGGCGACAAGCGCAAAGUUACUGCGUUUGGACAGAGUGCAGGAAGCAUCCUUACGUCGAUAUUGUUCUUGAACAAGCGAGUUGACAAAUUGGCGCGUGCUGCGAUUUUCGAGUCCGGAUCACAGGCCACAGUGGCGAUCUUUCCUGCGACUCGCCGGCAGAAUAUCUGGACAAGCUUUGUGGCGGGCGUUCCCUCUUGUGCCUCCCUAGCAAAGGCACAUUUGACGUUUUCAUGCCUGCGGAAUGUCACCACGCAAGAGCUCCUCGAGGGGCUGCUCACUUCCUUGGCAGAGACCAACGAACAGGUUCCGUUCAACCCAGUGAUCGAUGGUCCUGAGGGCUUGAUCCCCGAUCUGCCGUCGCGUCUUCUGUCGCAGGGAAAGUUCUCCCGAAUUCCGUUCAUCGCUGGGACCAACCUCGACGAGGGAACCGCGCUCACCUCUCAGCUGAUCAACUCGACUGCCGCCAUCAAUGCAUCAUUGAUCUCGGGGCGCACACCCUCCGUCUCGCCUACAUUGCUCCAGAGUUCCAUCAAGAAACUUCUGGAACUCUAUCCGGAUGUUCCUGCCCUCGGAUCGCCAUACGGUACAGGAAACAACACCUUCGGACUGAGCAGUCAAUAUAAGCGAGCAUCAGCAAUUGAAGGAGAUCUGGAUUUCCACUCCCAACGGAGGCUGUGGAUUGAAGCGGCAGCUAAUGCCGGGGUAACCACUUUCGGAUACCUGUUCACCCAGCCCCAGCCAAACGGACUGCCUCAGCUCGGCGUCGCGCACGGAUCCGAGGUCUUCUACGUGUUCGGCACACCGGCAGACACGUCGUCGGCGUCGGUAACAAUCAGCCGCAUCAUGACCGAUUUCUAGAUCUCGUUCGCGACGAGUCUUACCCCGAACGACGGGCUUGGAAUUUCACGCCCCGAGUGGACGCAGUUCACGCCGAUGGCAAAGUCGCUCAUGCAACUGAACGGUGCGAAUCUGACGAUGAUUCCUGACACCUUUCGCAAGGAGCAAAUCUCCUUUAUAAACUCAAACCCGGAGACAUGGCAUCACUGAGCCGUUUAUUCUUAGUUACACGUGUUGGAAUUAGUGUUUGCGGGAUGUAGUUCAGCUGUCCCAUGACCUUCGAGAUCACUGAAUUCUGCUAUUAGAAUAUUUCCUGGCAAACGGUAGAGGACUCGAAUUACUUGCAUAACUAGUGCUAUUAAUCAUGAAGACCUAGAUCUUAU